AUGACUAGCUCUUCGCUGACAGUAUCGGAAGACGGUGAGAAAGAGAGAAAACCAGACGACAUUAACGAUCUCGUAGAUAGAGAGGAACUCCAGCUUGAGGAGAAUAUCGCUGGCAGUGUUCCUAUGAGGCCGGUUCCAAGAAAAGUGGGACUCUUCCACCCGUCGAUGGUACGAACCUGGAAGAACGUUGUGUUGGGUGCCCUCAAGAACUAUGCCAUUAUGGUCCCCAGCUUGAUCCUAGUGUCGUCUCUUAUUUUUGGCACCCAUUAUGACACUAACUCAAAACUUGGGAACUUGAAUGUUGUCAUGGUAUACGACACAGAUGAUGGCGGGCUCGGCCUUCUCAGUCAGGCUUUGCUUAACUCCACCAGCAACCCGCUUGCAUCAGAUGUCGCUGGGUGGAACACCUACACCAGCACUGAAUUGCUUCGCGAGUACCCAGACUUGACUAGUGCGGACGAGGCCGCCCAACGGUUGGUGCACCAAAGAAAAGCCUGGGCCGCGAUUGUGGUUGCCCCCAACGCUACCAGCCUGUUGAAACAAGCCCUCCUCUCUAACGACGGGAGUUUCAAUUCCACCAAUUUGAUCCGUGCGUAUAUUGAAACCUCUAGUGAUCCACAGGUAGUCGGGGGCUACAUCAUCCCGGGGAUAAUGCUCCUUCAAGACGCCUUUUCGGUAGUGCUUCCGGUGGUAUACCGCGGCAUUUUCUCCACUAUGAACGCCACCGAGCGUGCCAUUGUGUUUGACGGAGAUAACUCGUUUGAUAUUGUGACGAUGCCGAUCUUUUUUGCCCUCCAGGACAACUUACCGUUCUUAAACACGGUUGUUGUGGCGCCCCUCACGUUGGGUAUGGUAAUCUUGAUCAUUGUGAGUUUCUUCCUGAUUGGUUUCUUUGCUCCAUACCACCAGCAGGUUGCCCCUAAGUUGCUCCCAAUGCACUUCAUCGUUUACCGUCUCAUAAUCGGCCAGGUUUCGUUCCUCGUGCUCUCCUUUACAUUUACCUGUGUCUGCGCCUGCUUCAGGGUCGACUUCAACGUGCGCUAUGGGCAGGGUGGGUUCAUGUUUAGUUUUCUUGCGUUCUACUUGGCGAUGUCUGCGGUGGGGUUGAUGAACGAAGUGAUGUUCAACAUCUUUUUCGUCACCUUCCCGCCAGGUAUCGGCUUCUGGUUGUUGUUCUGGGUGCUUUCUAACGUCGGCCCGACGUUCUCACCGAUUGAGCUAUGUCCCGAAUUUUACAGGUAUGGUUAUGCCAUGCCGAUUAGAAAUGUCAGGGAGUGCUUGAGGGUCAUUUUAUGUGGGUGUUGGGACGGUCAUUUGGCCAAGAACUUUGGAAUUUUGGCUGCCUGGGUGGUAUUUGGUAUGUUGAUGAUUCCACCAUCCAUGAUGUUUGCGCAGUCCAGAAUGGUAAAGAAGGCCAAGGCCGAGGCUGCGAAAUAA